GACUGAUACUGUUAAGCUAUCCCAGCUCUGUGAGAAGGGGCUGUUUGUGGGUCAGAGCUGGGUGACGGUGCUGGGAAACCCCAAUAAAGGAGUGUAUUUAUCCAGGUACGCAGACCUGCUCCAGGUUAACCCCUUCAGCCCUGGAACCACGGGGGAAAUAAUCAUCUUCAAAGUGAUGAAGGGGAAAGUGAAGAGCAUCUAUGAAAACAUGAAGAACCUUCUAGAUCCAACGCCGCGCUUCGACAGUCACAUCUCUAAGAACACCAGCAAAGUCACCUCGCUCACCUCGUACCGAGCCUUCGAACUCACACAGCACUACUUCUACGAGUAUUUGUUCGAUGAGCUGCGGCCGCGGCCUCGCCAGGUCUGUCCAUACGCUGUUGUAUCCUUCCAGUUUAAGGGAAAAGACUCGGCACUCCCCAGCAAACCUCUGGCCCCCAUCAGGUUGAACAGCCAAUCAGCACAGGGGAGUAAAGAGCGUGCUCAGUUCACAGUGUGGUCGGGAGAUUUGGUUCAAGGCGACCGGCUUCUCUACCAGAUUUCCCUUCGCUCCUCCUCUCCUCCCUUCCUGCCCCACAAGCUACCAGAGAAGUUGGAAAUCGGUUAUUUGAUGAGGCUUGACCAGAUGUCCAAGCUUGUCCACUCCGACGUGUUCUCCUACAACAUCUACAACAGCAGCCAAGAAGUUGUGAAGAACGGCCAUUGUUGCAGUCUUCUGGAGGUGAAUGACAGAAGUCGGUCAACAACCAGCAUCACAAUACUGCUGCAGGAACUGGAGAUAAAGAGAGUGGUUCUGGUGACUCCACUUACAGAGAGAGGAUUUCUCUUUCUACUCUCCAGUGUGCAGAUGGCCACGCCCACUGAGAGAGGAGAGAGCUGGAAGAGGUGUCUUCAGGCCUUGUUUGUCUUUCCAGAGACCAGAGAUGUGUCCCAAGCCACAUCAAGGUGGGCGUCCUCUUCACAUGAUUGCUCAGAGUCAUCAAUGUCUGGUGCCAUGGUGAUGCCACAGCUGAGGCAGUUUAUCCCAGCAUUGCACCACUCCCUCAUCAAGGCCCGCGCCAACCCCCCUGCUGAGCUGUCUGUUGGUGUGGAGCAGCUGAUGAAGGAAUACUUUAUCAGUUUGACUGAUGACAAGUUUCGACAGUACUCCAUCGGUGAGUACGAUGAGCAAGGAAAACAGUUUGUUAUACCCAAACACCACCAGGUGAACAUGGAAGGCUACCUGCGCUCCUACCUGUACAUCCCUGUCCUUUACCAGCUGAAAGUGUCCCAUGCCAGACAGAUUAUGGAAGCACACUGUGGGUCUGAGGUGCUACAAGAGGUGAGGCCCAGGAAGGGCUCUGGAUACCAGAAGGAGGCAAUGGGGAAGGAGGCAAUGGGCACUAAAGACAAACAGACCAAUAGUCAAAAGAUGCAGCAGUUGAUAGACCUGGUUAUGGAUUGUAAGAAGAAUGCGGAAAAUGAGGUGAGGAGGGAGGAAGGGGGAGAUGGAGGGCUGAAGGCACCAGGGAGGAAGAGGAGGCUGGAACAGCAGACGGCAGAGAGGACGCUUAAAUUCCUGAAGGCAUCGCAGCAACCUGGAAGACACAACAAGAUUCCAGAUGAGGGAAGGCAAGUCCCCGCCCCUCCAGGCUCUCUCGCAUCUGCGAUUGGCUCAGUGGGUUUGAAGGAUAUUGAUCUGAGGGAAGAUGGAUCUGAACUUGCUGCCAGACUUCUCAGCCUGCUGACGGGCCUGAACCAGGCCGCCACGGGAGCAGCCGGUCAGAACCUUGGUGAGGUGCCGGAGGAGCAGCAGAGAGACUCCUGUCCGUUUGAUAGGCUGGCCACCAGGCUGGGCCUACCCACCAACUGUGACAUUGACCUGAGGAGGCAGGAAGAGCUGGAGGAACAGACGGCGGGCAGCAUCAGUAGUUUGGAGGGAUUCAGUCCCAGCUCCCACAGCGGGGAGAUUAAUCACUAUGGAGCAGCCUUCAGAGGAGGAGGAGGAAUGGGGAAGAGAGCAGGAUGCUACGAAGAGGAGGAGGAAGAAUGGGAGAUCCCAUGGGUCCUCAUCCCCAUAACAGGGCUGUGUUCAGAGCGGUACACCCCAAGAGACAGAAACACCCCCCAGGACCCUCGUUUCCAGCACCUCACCGUAGCAACAAGCGUCACCACAACAACCCAACCUCCCAGGAAAAGCCCCACCCCAUCUCCUGAGCCCACCUCUCCUCCCUCCCCCUCCCAGUGCCCGUCCCCUGAGCCCACUACUCCUCCCUCACCCUCCCAAUGCCCAUCACCUGACCCCAGCUCUCCUGAGUCCAGCCCCCCCCUUUUUCGGUCACAGUGCCUGUCCCCAGCACCUAGCCCUCCCACUUCUCCCUCCCAGUGCCCAUCUCCACAGCCCAGUCCUCCCAACUCUUCCUCCCAAGUCCCAUCCCCUCUGAAGUGGUCUCCCCCCUCUCCUUCCCAGUGCAAGUCAUCAGAGCCUAAUGAGCUCAACGCACUUAACAGGGGCCACAGUGGAUCUAACAAGAGGCGGAUAGCCCCCCCAGCCUUCAGGGAGUUUGCAGCAGUGUCCAAGGACAGAGAAGAGAAACCUCAGGGGAAAGAAAAGAAGAGUGAAGCAUCCAUCUCUGCAUGUAUCCCUCCAGCUCCAGAGGGGAAUACAAUCCCCUCCCAAGCACCCACUGAUCACGUGAAGGAGGACACAGGAGAGAAAACAGGGUGGCUGAAGGAGAUGCAGGCAGGGCUUUUGGAGAAGGAGAAACAAACUCAGCCAGCUGAGAACUUAAAAAAGCAGAGAGCGGAAGCAGCCAAAAACAGUAAGCAAUAUGAGGAGGAGGUGGUGGGCAUGACACAUGAGGCAGUUAGUGAAAGGGUGCAAAAGGGAGUAGUAAAGGACCUGGUAGGUGCCUCUUUGUUUUCUUCAUCUGUCUCCUCAUCCCCUACUCAUCCUCUCAGAGAUAUUGACAGCAUUGUGGACAAGCAUCUGGGGGACUUUGCCUCUGAGAUGCAGCUUCUCCUGCAGGGGGAGAGCAUUCAUUACAGCUUGCCACAGUCCCCACACUCCACAUCAAACCCAGAAGCCACCAUACCUUCACACAUGCUCCCACCCUCCUUUGUAUCUCAGUUUUCACAGUAUGUGUCUUUCUACAACCCCUGCCCUCCGGUCCAGGACUAUGUUAACUCACUACAUGACAGCAUUAACAGCAUGCUGACGGAGUUAGAAAGCUCAUCGAGCCACAGUGAUGAUACCAGGUUGGCUGGCAAAGUUGGUGCUUAUGUGUCCAGCAUCCGAGCAGCAAAUGUUAAAACAGGUGUAGAUGAUGAGGUUUCUGUAAACAGCGGUGACCUCACAGCUGCUGCUGACGGUGCUUCAGCCGAUCAAGCUCCUGCACUCUGCAUAGAAGGUGACGUCUGGCUGCCAGAUGCAGUCACCAAGCGGUUUCCUGAUGCUACAAACAGCAAGAGUCCCCCAACUUCUCAUGACACUUUAUCUGUUCCUACCUCUGCGUGUGGCUCCGCCUAUAAGUCCACCAACACCGCCGAUCUCCAUCCUCCUCCUGCCACACAGUCUCAGUGGAACUGGAAACCACAACAAAGUCACACUUCAGAGAUCAACAGCACCGUUGCUCACAAUGUCACACAAACACUAAACGGCAGCACUUUCAGGACUGUACAUUGUGCCACCGAUGUUGAAGCUGGCAGCAGUCUUGUAGGUUCAAGCUGCAAGGUGACUUUACCAGGGUUGAGUGGUGUAUCUAACAACCUGGCACAGUCUUCGUGCUCAUCUGAACCGGUCUCCAGCUCUGUCCCUGUGUCCAUCCCUGGGCCUGGCACAGGUCCCACCCCACCGGCCACAGCCUUGAGCUCUGUGAUCAGCCAGCUGGAGCCAGAGGUGUUCAGCAGCCUUCUCAAGAUCAUCAAAGACGUCAGGAAAAACUCCCUGAAUUUCUACCUCCACGACACCGAGCCGGGGGACCAGCUGUGUGAAGACGUCAAGGAGCACUUGUUGAAGCAGGGGAACGUGGAACAGUCUCCUGGGGCCUUUCUGAACCAAGAAGACCCUGACAACAGACUGCUGGUCAUCAUUAAAAACAAAGACAUCGCUGGACACAUCCACAAGAUCCCAGGCCUGGUGUCUCUGAAGCAACACCCCUCUGUGGUGUUUGUGGGAAUCGAUACACUGGACGACAUCAGGAACAACAGCUACAACGAGCUCUUUGUGUCUGGAGGUUGCAUUGUCUCAGAUGAGUUAAUCCUCAAUCCAGACUUCAUCACUCAUGAUCAACUGGCAGCGCUGCUGAUGUUCCUGGAAGAGCACAGUUCCCUGGAGAGUGUCUGGAAGUGGAAGGUUCACUGCAAAACCCACAAGAAAUUAAAAGAGCAAGCCAGGUUCAGGAGAGAUGCAGCCAGCCUAUUGGAUUUGCUGUCAGCCUACCAGAAGCGGCAGAUUGUUGAGUUCCUCCCCUAUCAUCACUGCGACAUGAUAAACCAUCAGUCACCUGACCUGGACUGUAUCAUCGAGCUCCAGGCCCGAUACACACAGUACAGGCACACAAUCUUCCUGACUGAGCAUCAUCAUGAGAGGUUCACUGCCUACUCCAGUAGCGGCAUCAUUGUAGCUGGUAUUGAAAAAAUUCUGCACAACUUCACUGGACUGGUUGGUUACCAUGACAUCAGGGACAAGCAGCCAAUCAUGGAUGACCUGUUGGCAGCCAAAAGUCUCGACAGGCAGCUGAGUCAUGGUGACUCUGUUUCAGGCUCCGAACACAUCCAUCCCUUCUCCAGUAACCAAGCUCAAAGCCUCCUCCAACAACCUGACUCUGGCCUCGACCUUCACCCCCACGUCUCUGACCAGCUUGUCCCAGACGCCUCCUAUAAGGACGCUGUGCCACCACCUUCACACAGGCACUAUGAAGUGCUGCAACUGGCCAUUUCACAUCUGCGGGCUGAGCGUCAGGCACAACAGCAGCAGCAGCUAUCGGGCUCCCAGGUGGAGUGUAGCAUCAACCCCCACAAUAGCUUUCUUCUCGAUCCUGUUCAUACAGGUAGCGGUCACACCCCUGUUCCUUCAGUUCAGGGAGGUCCUGCGGCCUUAGACCAACUCACUCCUGGCAGGAAAGCAGUGGCGGCCACUCUGGACUUAAUUCACUCCUCACUACAGCCGGAGCUGGAAGGGGAGGGGAGGAGGGGGGACAGAGCAGAGCUUUCCACAGAGGGACAGAGGAGGGGGAGUGGCGGCAGCGGAGGAGGAGGAGCGGCGGCUGGAGAUCAGCAAGAUGGUACUCCAGGUAGAGUGGUGGGGGUGGUGGGAGGAAAGUGUGUUAGUGACACCUUGGUGUCCAGUCAAAACACAGCUGCAGUGACAGGACCAAGCAACCAGGCAGACUCGACCAGUGACAGGAGAGAGAAAGUUAAUCAACAAGAAGAACCUGCAUUUCCUAAGCAUGGUGCAUCCUCCUCUGGUACCCCCUCCUGUUCUGUAGAGGGCAGCAGAUUAAGAGACACACCAUCAGGCCAGGAACAGCCAAUAAGAGGAGAGGGAGCACCACCUGGGAACAGCACAACAUGUAGCACCACAGUAACAGGAAGUAGUGCCACCGUGAAAGGAAGUAUCGCCACGGUAACAGGCCAGCUGGAUAAAGUGAAUCAUGCUCUGCCCCAACAGCAACAUUUGCAACAACACAGCAACCAGCAGCAGCAACUCAGUGAGCAACCACAGCUCCAGCCGAGACUGUCGAAUCCUCCACAGCUCGGGGGCGUUAGCCUCCUGCAGGCCCACCACCUGCAUCGACUCCACCAGCCUUUCCCCUCCAGCCCCAUGCUGGCACCCCUGACAUCGCUGGGAGGGAUAACAAGCCUCCUGGGACCUACACAUGUGUGGCCAGGGGGCCUGGGCCCUGCAAGGCCUGCUGCUCUGGUCUGGGGCUUCCAACAACCUGCCACCACCUCUAGCCUGCUGGGGGGGUUCUCCAACCCUGCAGGUCAGGGCAGCAACAGUUACAGAGGGGGGCAAAGAGGAGGGGGCUUUACUGGGAUUUAGAAAGUCAUUUUAGCGACACCAGCUGAUCUGCCCAAGAACCUCCACACAACCAAAAAGCAGCUCCUUGUUCCAGAUAAUAUACCGGUACAUGUUGAAACACACAUUGCAAACAGUGACAGGUGUGAGACUGACAAAAGCAGGAAGUAGGAGCGAUGGCACUGCAUUAUUUAUCAUCAGGCUGAUGUCUAACCUUGAUGCAGCAUUGUCAUAGGUCCUGUCACUGUCUUGAUUCACCUUCUCCUCCAGUCACGGUACGACAGCAACAAAGGCCCCCAACCAGCGCUGACCGACGGUGCUGCUGUUCAGUGGAAUGCAACUGUUUGAACACCAGAGAAGCUCAGACAGAAGAGAACUGGUGUAAAGUAACAAAAACAGGACUUGCUCUGAAAUGGGGGAAUAUCUUCUACUAAAGUGACUUUGUAUAUUUAAUAGUCACCUUGUGGAAGGUUUUAUGAACCUGACAGUGACUGAAACAAGAAUGGCAGUCCAGGAGUGUGACAUUCCCAGCAAUAUAACUCUUCAUCAGACAAUCAGAAUCUCUGUAGCCACCCCUGAGUAGGAGCAACAGCGUGUAUGAGAAAUUGCAAAGCAACAGUCAGCUGCUGUAGUGUCGGACAAAAAACCUGCAGCCUGCAUGCGACUCCCUGCAGUAACCACUACAUGUUGAUCGGUUAGUAUAGAAUAGUAAGGAAAAGGCCAUACCUCACCCUUUGGACACGUGUGUGUGUGAGAGUCAGCAGCA